CAGCUAUAAAACCUGAAAACUCUGAGCUGGAACAUCAGGACACCCAGCAGCCCAACUGAGAUCAGAUUAUCCAGAAUCGGAACCACAACUGAUCCCACAUCAGCCAUGGACAGAGCCAUCCUCCUGCUGUCAGUCAUGUGUCUGGGCGUCUCGUCUCAGCCUAACGCAGACAACCAGCGUCUGUUCUCCAUUGCCGUCAGCAGAGUCCAGCACCUUCACCUCCUCUCUCAGAGGAUCUUCUCUGAAUUUGAGAGUUCUCUGCAGAUGGAGGAGCAGCGGCAGCUCAACAAGAUCUUCCUGCAGGAUUUCUGCAACUCGGAUUACAUCAUCAGCCCCAUUGACAAGCACGAGACACAACGCAGCUCCGUUCUGAACCUGUUGUCGAUCUCCUAUCGCUUGGUGGAAUCCUGGGAGUCUGCUAGUCAUUCUCUUUCUGGAGGUUCUGCACCGAGGAACCAGAUCCUUCCCAGACUGUCUGAACUGAAGACAGGAAUCCUGCUGCUCAUCAGGGCCAAUCAGGACCCAUCAGAGAUCAUUACAGACAACUCGAACUUUCAGUUUGUGCCCUACGAAAAUUAUUAUCAGAAUCUGGACGAUGACGAGUCCCAGCGGAAAACCUAUGAACUGCUGGCUUGCUUCAAAAAAGACAUGCACAAGGUGGAGACUUACCUGACUGUGGCAAAGUGUCGACUCUCUCCAGAGGCUAACUGCACUCUGUAGCUCCUCCCCUCCCUGAUGAAGCCCCCGCCCCUUAUAUUAGCAUAGGUUCUGCUUGCUGGUGUGUUGUUCCAGUUGAGAUGUUGGGGAACAGGAAGUGAUGUCAGAGCAUUCGCGUGUAAAAUAAAAUGUUUUCUGUGUUGCAUUGA